GGGGGGGGAUUGGGGUGACCCACCUCCUGCACCUGUCACCUGGGGCUGAAUGCACACAGUGAGUGAGCGAUGGUUGUUGGUAGCGUUUGAUAUCUGUACCUGAAUCCUGUCUCAAUCGCUCAAAGUGACUGAGAAACCCACAGCACAUCGGAGCAGCGGAGAAUGGGAGCGAUUCACUCCAACAAAACGCCGAUUUUUGAUGCCAACGAGGAUGUCACAUUAGACCAUUUCCAGAUCUUAAGAGCUAUUGGAAAAGGUAGCUUUGGGAAGGUUUGCAUCGUACAGAAGAAAGACACAAAGAAGAUGUAUGCUAUGAAAUACAUGAACAAACAGAAGUGUGUGGAACGCAAUGAAGUGCGGAAUGUAUUUAAGGAGCUGCAGAUCAUGCAAGGCUUGGAACAUCCAUUUCUCGUCAAUUUAUGGUAUUCAUUUCAGGAUGAGGAAGAUAUGUUCAUGGUGGUGGACCUUCUUCUGGGUGGGGAUCUUCGCUAUCACCUGCAGCAGAAUGUUCAUUUUAAGGAGGAUGCAGUGAAACUUUACAUUUGUGAGCUGGUUCUGGCAUUGGAUUACCUACAGAGUAAGCACAUCAUUCACAGGGACAUUAAGCCUGACAAUAUUCUUCUGGAUGACCAGGCUAAAAAUAUUGAAAGUUACUACGCUGAGUGUGAGCUGGAAGGUCAUGUGCACGUCACAGACUUCAACAUUGCGGCUCUGGUGAAUCAGGAAAAGCAGGCCACCUCUAUUGCAGGGACAAAACCAUAUAUGGCUCCAGAAAUAUUUAAUCCAGUUGAAGGCUCUGGAUAUUCCUUCGAUGUGGACUGGUGGUCCCUGGGAAUCACAGCCUACGAGCUCCUCAAAGGCCGGAGACCGUAUGAAAUCCGGUCCAGCACACCUGUUAACGAAAUUCUUCACAUGUUCAACUCUAACAGCAUCAACUAUCCCUCCACAUGGUCCGCGGGUUUAGAAUCGCUGCUGCGAAAGUAUUUUGGUUCCUGCUGGAAAUCUCGGUGGCUGUGA